ACUUCGGUUUUCUCCUGUGGAAAAAUGCAUCACUGUAAGCGAUACCGCUCCCCUGAGCCAGACCCGUACCUGAGCUACCGAUGGAAGAGGAGGAGGUCUUACAGUCGGGAGCAUGAAGGGAGACUGCGGUAUCCGUCUCGAAGGGAGCCUCCACCCCGGAGAUCUCGGUCCAGAAGCCAUGACCGCCUGCCCUACCAGAGGAGAUACCGGGAGCGCCGUGACAGCGACACGUACCGGUGUGAAGAGCGGAGCCCAUCGUUUGGAGAGGACUGCUAUGGAUCUUCCCGUUCCCAUCAUCGCCGGCGGUCUAGGGAGAGGGAGCCGUACCGGACCCGCAAGCACGCCCACCACUGCCACAAACGCCGCACCAGGUCUUGUAGCAGCGCCUCCUCGAGAAGCCAACAGAGCAGUAAGCGCAGCAGCCGGAGUGUGGAAGAUGACAAGGAGGGCCACCUGGUGUGCCGGAUCGGCGAUUGGCUCCAAGAGCGAUAUGAGAUCGUGGGGAACCUGGGCGAAGGCACCUUUGGCAAGGUGGUGGAGUGCCUGGACCAUGCCAGAGGGAAGUCUCAGGUCGCCCUGAAGAUCAUCCGCAACGUGGGCAAGUACCGGGAGGCUGCCCGGCUAGAAAUCAACGUUCUCAAAAAGAUCAAGGAGAAGGACAAAGAGAAUAAGUUCCUGUGUGUCUUGAUGUCUGACUGGUUCAACUUCCAUGGUCACAUGUGCAUUGCCUUUGAGCUCCUGGGCAAGAACACCUUUGAGUUCCUGAAAGAGAAUAACUUCCAGCCUUACCCCCUACCACACGUCCGGCACAUGGCCUACCAGCUCUGCCACGCCCUUAGGUUUCUACAUGAAAACCAACUGACCCACACAGACUUGAAGCCAGAGAACAUCUUGUUUGUGAAUUCUGAGUUUGAAACACUCUACAAUGAGCACAAGAGCUGUGAGGAGAAGUCAGUGAAGAACACCAGCAUCCGAGUAGCCGACUUUGGCAGUGCCACCUUUGACCAUGAGCAUCACACGACCAUUGUGGCUACCCGUCACUAUCGCCCACCUGAGGUGAUCCUUGAGCUGGGCUGGGCACAGCCCUGUGACGUCUGGAGCAUUGGCUGCAUUCUUUUUGAGUACUACCGGGGCUUCACACUCUUCCAGACUCAUGAGAACCGAGAACAUUUAGUAAUGAUGGAGAAGAUCCUGGGGCCCAUCCCCUCGCACAUGAUCCACCGUACCAGGAAGCAGAAAUACUUCUAUAAGGGGGGCCUGGUUUGGGAUGAGAACAGCUCUGACGGCCGGUAUGUGAAGGAGAACUGCAAACCUCUGAAGAGUUACAUGCUCCAAGACUCCUUGGAGCACGUGCAGCUGUUUGACCUGAUGAGGAGGAUGUUAGAAUUUGACCCUGCCCAGCGCAUCACACUGGCCGAGGCCCUGCUGCACCCCUUCUUUGCCGGCCUGACCCCUGAGGAACGGUCCUUCCACACCAGCCGCAACCCAAGCAGAUGACAGCCGCAGGCCACCAUGUGCGAUGGAGAGCGGGACUGGGCUACCCGGCCCCUUUUCUCCAACCGCCACCGCCGGGGCCCCCAGGGCCAGAGCCACCAAACGAACAGUGCAAUGUGAAGGAAGGCAGGAGCCCGCAGGGGAGGAGACUUGAUGCCCAGCUGCCAGAAAGCACAGAUUUGACCCAAGCUAUUUAUAUGUUGUAAAGUUAUAAUAAAGUGUUUCUUACUGUUUGUAGCCCCUGGUACCGGUGUGUCCGUCUCCAGGCUCCUUGCCUUCUCCUUCCCUUACCUGAUUAAUAAAGUCUUUCUUAGCAGUUCA